AUGCCGGCGAAACCGCCGGAAUACCUUGAUCUUCUCGAUGCCGAGAACGUAAUUGUCGAGCUGGUUGAUGACAAAAGGAAGUACUGCCAGCGCAAUCCCCGUUGCUUCGACGCCUGUAACCAUCUCCGGAAUUUCGUCCUUCUGUUAUUACAAUGCACAAAGCUGGAUACGCAUCAUGCCUACAGAAAAAGGGAAGAAGAAGGCCAAAGCCCGCUUAGAGAGCUGCAAAAAGUUGUUGUCCAAAAACCUCGUUGGAGGUUGAUCGGCUUGCCCUCAAGAUUCUCGGGAGACCCCCCUGGGGAAAGCCCGGCUUGCAUACCAAUCAUGGUCAAAAUUGCUGAGCUCUUCAGACAGUGUCUAGACAGGUUAAAUGAGGUAGCAAAUUCCGAUAGUAUUUCCAGUCUUGAGAAUGAGGUUCCAGUCCAUGCCUGGACCGACGAGCUCGGCAGGUUCCGUGUCUGGGCAGCCAAUAUCGGAGCCCACCAGCAGGGCCUAUCCUCUCUCGAUUAUCGCCUACGCGAUGCCUCGCAUAUUCAGAGUCAAAUAUCUAGGCUUCUGACAGCCCUGGAAGAGUCACUUAUAGACCUGGAUGAUCUCACUUCUGGUGGCAGUGAGGAUGCCGAUGGGCCGUUUGACGAGCAGAUGGAAGAGUUGUACCGUGAAUUCGAAGACGAGAGCAACCCUACCACGCAGGCUCAAGAGAUAUAUCAAAGCGUCGCCAAUACGAUCUCCCAUCUCUUCCAAAUGUCAAUGAUUAUUCGCAACCCCACCGAUCAUGACCGGCUCAUCGGAAUAGACAGAGUGGAUGCGGAGCCGUUCAAAUUCUGGGCCCGGCAGCACGUCUCCCAUAAACACCCCGAGCUGGAGGCGUUGAUCGCGGACCGCAUUAGCACAGCAAUGGCGAAGCAGAGAGCUACGCUUAAGUAUAGAGAACGGCACCACGCCAAGCUGAGCUGCGGUUUGGACGCUGACAAAAACGAAGCCUCGACCAGGCUGUCGGAAACGAUCGCCACCUCGUUCAAAGCGCCUGUUCCGGAGCAGGCAAAUAACGACGUUAUGAGCAACUCUGGCAUUUCUGAGACCUCGUACGCAGGUACCCUAUUUGUAGGGGAGAACAAGAUGACAAUCCCACCACCUCCAAAGGAGUCAGCGGGCCGCAAACCCUUUGAAUGUCCCUACUGCUUCUUUAUCAUUACCGUGAAGGAUACCGGGGACUGGGCGCGGCAUGUAUUUCGCGACCUAAUGCCCCGCCGGCAAUGGUAUAGCCAUAUCCAAGAAGAACACGGUCUGGGAAAAGUUGCCGAUAGUCAUUAUCAAUGUCCUGUCUGCAAGAAGAGCCAGUUGGCAGCUAUAACCUUCAACCGACACGUUGGCCGUCACUUGGAAGAACUUGCUUUAUUCGUACUUCCUCGCACAGCAAACGAGGAAAAUGAAUUGCUUGAGUUGUCUGAGGAAGGGAAGUUUGACGAUAACUCUCAACCCCGAUCGCUUGGGGAUGCUGAUCCAGACCGUGAUAUUGCCGAAGUACCGCCAAUUGACGAAGUGUCCAGCCCUGAAGAGACCACCGCCGAACCGGAUAGUUCACUUACAGAGCCUAGGCUUCAGGAUCAUACUAUCAUUCCCAGCCCCCAAGGAAAGUCGGACAACAACCCAGAGCAAAAACACACAACUUUGGCGACUGAAAUCCCAAGAGAACCUUACUCAGAUGAGUUGCAAAGGCUUGAAGCCCUCAAGCGACCUGAAUCGGAUCAAGAUUUCCAAGCUUUUUACUCUGUUACGGACGCUCGAUUGCCCUUAUAUCACCAGAGGUCUGCUGACGUCCCUGUGGGUACGGAUGAGUAUGUUCAAUACGACGCUGAAGAUGAUGGUGCCAGCUCAGACGAUGGAUCAGUCAAUGGACCUGAAAACCGGGAAGAAGAAGGCAAAGUUGAGGAGAAGGAAGGGGAUACUGACGAACAAGUUGUAGGAGAUAAUCCUUCUUUGGAGGAGGACCUGGGCGUCAUCACACCUGAACCCGAACAUGAUGUCCCGGGUAAGAUGCCUCUAAAGCCUGUCGAGGCAUCCCUUCCAAAAUUCCAGCGACGAGGGUCAGCUCAAUUACGGCAUUACCCGGGGACAUGUUGGGAGUGCGAUCAAGGGUUGUUACAUAGUUCUGUACCCCUCCCCCGCCAGGGGCCUUCCUUACACUCUGCCAGCGACUCCAAUGAAGAUUAUUACCGAAUGCCACCACCACCACCUCUAAAGCACAACACCACGCCGCAUAUUAUUCAAAAAAAGCCCGAAUCACCACGCCUUCCUCUCAGAAAGUCCCCAAAGAGAACAGAUUCAGAGGAGGCGAAUGCCUCGUCGUCCAACCGCUUAGAAAUGCACCCAUCUCGCUCGGUCAACCUAACAGAGCUUCGUGAUAUUCUCCCUGAAUAUGGAUAUCGUCGAUCCUCUAGAGAGACCGUAAUCCCAGCGCGAAACCGUCGGCCUGCUACCCGAUAUGAUGAUUCUUCCUAUCGACGACACCGGCCCGUAGUUGACCACUUGGCCGGUGAUGAUGCCCCUGCGGAUAAGUUAUCAGAUGAGGGUACGAUGGUGCCCGAACGCAGCGGCAGCAUCCGGGAUAGUCGACGGUCUACCUCCUACCAAGACAGCGACGCGAGCACUCAGAACAGCAGCGGCGUGGAUACCAACAGGCCGGAGGAGGAUAGCCAUAUCAUCAUGACUCUUAACGGCGUCACAAUGAGCUUUCCGCGUGAGUCGGUCGGUCCGAAGAGGAUCAGUGUUCGGACGGGUGACACGGGGGCCGUCGAACUGAACAUCGAAGGGAAGCGACCGCGAAAGUACAUAACCGGGGGAUCGGACUACACAGGCAGUGUGGCCAGCCAAGGGCUCGAGAAUUCUCGCCACGAUCAGACAGACCAUCACUCAGACCGGGUCAGUCGACGAUCUACUCGGUCCACCUAUACCAGUCGAACAUACUAG